GAGCUGAGCAACCACCAUUUGAAACAAAACUCUGAAUUUAACCAAGAUGUCUGUGAAAAUGACAGCAGCCCUGCUCCUGCUACAGCUGAGUGGCUUCUUUGGACCUGUGAGUGCUGGAAAGGUGCUGGUGUGGCCAAUGGAAUACAGUCAUUGGCUCAAUUUAAGGAUAAUCCUAGAUGAACUUGUGAAGAAGGGCCAUGAAGUGACUGUUCUGAGACCCUCAUCUUCCCUUUCUUAUGAGGUUGAUAACACAUCUGCUAUUGAAUUUGAAACAUACUCUUCAUCAUAUUCCACAGCUGAUGUACAGGGACUUUUCUUGGAGUCAAUUAGGAAACAAAUUUAUGAGAUGUCAAAGAAGUCAUUUUGGAGAUACUUUUUAAUGUUGCAAGAAGUGGUUUGGUUAUAUUCAGACUAUUUUGAAAGUCUCUGCAAAGAUGUCGUUUUUAACAAGGAGCUUAUGAUAAAACUACAAAAUUCAAGCUUUGAUGUCAUAGUAGCAGAUCCCUUCAUACCCUGCGGUGACCUGCUGGCUGAGAUUCUCAAGACACCUCUGGUGUACAGUCUCCGAUUCUUCCCUGGCUCCACAUAUGAGAAGUACAGUGGAGGACUGCCACUGCCUCCUUCCUACGUGCCUCCUGCUAUGUCACAAUUGAGUGAUCGAUUGACAUUCAUGGAGAGGGUGCAAAAUCUAAUCUAUGUGUUUUAUUUUGACUUUUGGUUCCAAACAUUUAACGAGAAGAAGUGGAAUCAGUUUUACAGUGAAGUAUUAGGAAAACCCACAACACUCACUGAGAUGAUGGGAAAGGCAGAUAUAUGGCUCAUUCGAACCUACUGGGAUUUGGAAUUUCCUCACCCUGUCUUACCAAACUUUGAUUAUGUUGGAGGACUCCACUGCAGACCUGCCAAGCCUCUGCCAAAGGAAAUAGAAGACUUCGUCCAGUCUUCCGGAGAACAUGGUGUGGUGGUGUUUUCCCUGGGGUCCAUGGUGGGUACCCUAACAGAAGAAAGGGCCAAUGUGAUUGCAGCAGGCCUUGCCCAGAUUCCACAGAAGGUUCUUUGGCGAUUUGAAGGCAAGAAGCCAGACACUUUGGGCUCCAACACUCAGCUGUACAAAUGGAUUCCCCAGAAUGACCUUCUUGGUCAUCCUAAAACCAGAGCUUUUAUAACUCAUGGUGGCACCAAUGGCAUUCAUGAGGCAAUCUACCACGGAAUCCCUGUCAUUGGCAUUCCUUUGUUUGGAGACCAAUUUGAUAAUGUUGUUCACAUGAAGACCAAAGGAGCAGGUGUGAGACUGGACAUUCUCACAAUGUCCAGCACAGAUUUGCUCCAUGCUGUGAAGACAGUCAUUAAUGACCCUUCCUAUAAGGAGAACGCCAUGCGGCUAUCAAGAAUCCACCACGACCAGCCAGUGAAGCCCCUGGACAGAGCCGUCUUCUGGAUUGAGUACGUCAUGCGACACAAAGGAGCCAAGCACCUUCGUGUGGCAGCGCAUGACCUCACCUGGUUCCAGUACCACUCUCUGGACGUGCUUGGAUUCCUGCUUGCCUGUGUGGUGACUGUGGUGUUUGUCAUCACAAAGUGCUGCCUCCUUUGCUGCCAGAGAUUUGCUAAAUCUGGAAAGAAGAAGAAAAGGGAGUAGCUGAAGUGGGGAGAACUGACACAUGGACCUCCUCCAGUGCAUCACAGAAAGGGAGGAUUUCCAUCGUAUCCCUUAGCCACAACUGACCUGGACACUGUCACUGUUAUUUCCUCAUUUUGAGGUAGACUUGAGCUGUCAAAAGUUUCAUUUCCUCUUGCUUAAAAUGUACACAUUCAAGAUGAGACCACAAUAUGUGUAAAUUCCAUCAUCACCUAGCUCAUAUUGCAUUCUAAAUCUGAAUAUCCCACACAGGCUCACAAUUUGUUUUGUUGAUUUUUUUAUUCAUUCAGAAUUUUUUAGCUUGAUUUUGUGAAAUAUUAAAUUUAUCUCCCAUGACCACAUUGCUACUUCCCACUGGAUUUCUCCCAAUAUGUCCCAAUUCCAACAUUAUGUCCCCUUGUUUUAUUUUUAAUAACCCAAUAAAUCCAAUGAGUUCUGUCUAUAAAGGAAUGCAUGCAUUCCUGAGAUAACAUGGCUGUAUCACGAGCAAUGUAGCAGUGUACACCCAACCCCCAUAAUAGUGAUUCCUCCCCUCCCAGAAUCUGACUCUCAAUAGCUCUUUAUUUUUGUUGGAGUAUUAGAAGCUCUUCCUCAUUUAUUAUGGAAUUUUGGCUUCCCAAUCUUCUGUAAAUCCUGUGCAGCUGACAGAUUCUUGGAGUUUAUGAAUGCUAUGGCCAUGGUAUGUCCAGAAAAAAAAAUGCUCAAUAGCACUUCUCAUCAUUGGGCUCCUACAUUCUUCCCUCAUACUUCCGUAGUAUAUCUGGAGCCUUAGCAUGAGGCUGACCAUUCUCAGUCCCUUGAGCAAUUUUAUGACUCUGAAUUGAUUGGUACUCAUUACAACAAAUGCUUCUCAGACAAAGGCUGAGAACAAUGCAGAUCUCUGGCUAUAGCUAUUAACAUAAAAUUUAAGGAAAAAAAAUUUGUCAGCAUGACCAUUUAGGAAAAUAGCAAUAGUAGGUUCCAAGCUAAAACUCCCUUAACCUUUAACCAGGUUUAUGCUGUCAGGUUCCUUCCAGGAGACUGUGGCUCAAAUCCAAUUAGAAAAUAUUUAGUUAUCAAUCUAUUUAGCUUCAGUUGCUAACUUGGCAAAAUCUUGAGUCAUUUCUGAGGAAAAUUUGGCCUAUUGGCAAGAAUGGAUUUUGAUUCUUGAUUGACAGGACAAUCCUUGUGGUCCUAUCCACAGCAAAUUGAGCCAACCUGUUAAGGGAGGGACUAUCCUUGUGAUCCUGCCCACAACAGGCUGGGCCCUCCUUACACCAUGAUGGUCCGUGAUCAAAUAAGGAAGAGUCUGGGAGCCACAAUGCUCUAACUUUAUUUUGAGGUCAUAUCAGUUACUGCGCUGAAAUAGCCCUGUGUCAUCAGACCACCAUCAGAUGUCAUUUCUAUUCCAAUUAAUAAAAAUCCAGGAAUCCUAAAUAUAAGAAAUAAAACAGCAAAUGGCACUCAGGUCCUGGCAUUGUGCCAUGUUGUGUCACUUAUUUGCACUUUCAGUGACAGCUUACACCCAACCUAUAUGAGGUUCAUCCUGGACAGAGACCAUGUCUUCUUCUUCAUAUAUCCCCACUUCAUAGAACAAUGUGAUACUCAAUGGCUGAUUCUUUUUAAUGAACCUAAGAACCUAGUUCUAUAAUCCAGAUAUACACUACAAGGUUCUCAUGGGUAGGAUCAAUUCUAAAUUUAAGAACAACCCUAUCCUAAUCUGAUAUCAGAUCUAAUUCAGAUAUAAACUGAUAGUGCUAUUCUAGAAAUAGAACGAAUGCUUUAAGGUGUAGUGUGAUUUAUGUGUGCAGGCAUUUAUUAAGAAAAACCAGAGUUUUCUAUAUCAUGGCCUUGAUAAUAAGACAUAGAUAAUGUUUAGGAUGUAAAAGAGCUCCUAUAAUUGGUUCAUGGAGUUUUAAUAGAAAAGAGGAAAAGCAAUAGCUAUCACUAUAUAAAGAAGACAACUGAGUAAACUACAAGAAGCCAGUUCUCCAGAUAAUAGCAAGCCAAAAGAAAAACUGUAUCUAGCCCGUAAUGAGGUUCCAUAUAUUAUAGAUAAAAAUGCUUUGUGUAGUGCAGAAUCAUGAAAAGAACUAACCUACUGCCAUCCUAAUCCCUGCAAUAAAACAUUCACACAUUCUC